GCAUGUUUCGUCAAAUCUCAUUACUGUUCGGAAGUUUUAGUGUUGCUAAAUGUCGCGACCUGAAUAGAAAAUAAUGGCGUCCAAAGAUAGUGGGUCGGACCGAUUUGAGUAUUUGCAGAACCUUGUGACAGAAUUUCAGGACACCGACUGUGAAGAGUCAAAGGAGCAAGUUUUAGCCAACCUGGCUAACUUUGCCUAUGACCCACGAAACAUGGAAGAUCUGAGGAGGCUGCAAGUGACAGAACUGUUUCUUGACAUGCUGACAGAGGAAAACGAUAAUUUCGUGGAGUUUGGAAUCGGAGGUUUGUGCAAUAUGAGCAUGGACCGCGAGUCCCGCGAUGAGAUCCUGCACAGCGAUGGCAUUGAUUUAGUGAAGAACUGUCUCUCCAGUCGACGAGACGAGACCGUACUCUCCGCCAUCACCACCCUCAUGAACCUUACAACGGCUAGCUCGCGCAGCCACACCGCCGACGAGGCGGUGGUGCAGUGUAUGGUGCGUCUCUCGCUCUCGGAGAACCCUCGCAUGCGCAAUCUGGCGACGGUGUACCUGGAGGACUACUGCCCGGUGGAGCAGGUGCGGAGGGUCAGAGAGGAAGAGAACCGAGGACAAUGCCAAACCGCGCUUGGGAUCCCCCUUCCGAAGAACUAGAACUUACUGUAUGUGGUUACAUUGCCAUUGGCACUGCAUGUAUCCUGAAUACCACUCUCUAGGACGGAGAACGUCGACAUCUUGGACCAGGACAAAACACAUUCAAAUUCAACUGUUUAUAUCUGCACCACCCCAUAUUUGUUGUUUUUUUUGUUUUGUUAAUUUGGCUAGUUGUCUAAAUGCUAAAUAUUUAUACUUGUGGAUCUGGACCACAAUGAGUUGCUAUUUCGUAGAAAGGAGAAAUACCCUAGUAAGUAAUUGUGGUUAAAGGUCUGUAAUACCCAACAAGAACACUUGGGGGAGACUGCAUCUUUGAUUUAGAUUGGAUUUGGUAUUCCAUAAGCUAUCACGUCUUAAAGGCUUUCUUCAGUUAGCCACUGAACAACUAUAGAGGAAGAAAUACAGAAUAGUCUGUCCACUUGGUUUAAACAUUGUUUUAAAUGUUUAAAUAAAUUACAUUUUGAUUACUCACACUUUC